GGCACAAAACAACUCGCGCUGUCGCAGCCGCGGUCUGGUUUCGGCACUGGGAGGACGUACCCCUGUCUAUUUGGGUGCCGCACGCCACGCUCGCGGAGGAAAAGGCUUCGCCGAGCUCCGAGCCCGAGCCUUGGCCGACGAUUUGGGCGCCGUCUCUCCGUAUACACCGUUGGCCACGAUUAAAACGCCGACCCCCGGGGCAGCACCCGUACGCGCGCACCAAGGUCCGAUGCGUGAGACCGACAUGGACGACGACCCGCGCGGCGCCAUGGCCGAAGAAGGCGGCCGCGAGCGCUCGGACGCGUCGUGCGGCGAGGACAGCGACAGCGACUCGGCGCUCAACCCGCUGGCGCAGCUGCAGAGCGCGCUCCAGAAGACCGGAGCCCUGGGCUCGGCCCUGGAAGGGAGCGCCGACGGGAGCCCCACCGCGCCGGGCCAGACUUCGUCCACCGAGGCGGGCGCCGACGCUCCGAGCCCGUACCGGUGCCACAUGUGCGCCUUCCAGGGCCGCUCCAAGGCCGAGUACAGCGGCCACAUGGCGACCCACCUGGACCACAAGUGCCCCAUGUGCGACUACCGGUCCCGCACCGAGGGCCGGCUCAAGAGGCACGUCAAGGACUUCCACUCGGACGACCAGUGGCAGAUCCUGCCAGGCGCCGACGACUGCAAGGACCGGACGUUCCGGUGCCGCCAGUGCGGCCACGUGGCCGCCAGCAAGACGGACUUCUGGGAGCACAGCAAGCUGCACAUCCGCACCGAGAAGCUGCUCAGCUGCCCCAAGUGCCCGUUCGUGACCGAGUACAAGCACCACCUCGAGUACCACCUGCGCAACCACUUCGGCUCGAAGCCGUUCAAGUGCCCCAAGUGCAACUACAGCUGCGUCAACAAGAGCAUGCUCAACAGCCACCUCAAGUCUCACUCCAACGUGUACCAGUACCGGUGCGCCGACUGCAACUACGCCACGAAGUACUGCCACAGCCUCAAGCUGCACCUGCGAAAGUACGCCCACCGACCGGCCGGCGUGCUCAACUCGGACGGCAGCCCCAACGCGUUCCCCAUGCUGGACGUCUACGGCACCAGGCGGGGACCGCGUCGGGGCCCGCGAGGCUACCCGCCACCACCGCCACCGCUGCCGCUGCCGCUGCCACCGCCGCCGCAGCUGCAGGAGACCGCUGUAGCAAACCCAGAUCUGAACGUGCAGGGACAGCAGCUGGUGGGCCUGAUCCCGGCCGUGGUGUGCGCACAACAGCAGCAGCAACAGCAGCAGCAGCAGCAGCAGCAGCUGCUCCGAGCCGCGGCACUCGUGGCUCCGGGCACCGUGCCGUGGAAGUGCAGCGUGUGCGACUUCACCACGGCCGACGAGCAGCAGCUCAGCCGGCACGUGCUGGGACACGCGGAGAGUCAAGACCUGUGUCGGCUGUACGGCAUACGGAGCCUGCCGGGCGCAGCGCCGCCCAUGCCGCCGCCGCCGCAACCGCCGCCGCAGCCGCCCCCCGCGGCGAUCGCCACGCACCAGCAGCAACAGGACGCCCAACCGGAGCGACCGGCGGUCGUGUCCUCCACGUCGAGCCACGAGCUGCCCCCUCCGAGGGACGAGAGGAAGGGCUCGCCCCUGGACCUGAGCCGCACGCCCCCGGAGACGACGCGCAGUCGACGCAAGGGCAGGGCCACCAGGAUCGACAAGCUGUGCAUGCGACUCCAGGACGGCCCCGAGGUCAAGACCGAGACGUCGCCGCCGGGGAGCCCGGUCCAGACGGGGCCCCCCGUGCCGGCGUCCCGCGAGGGCUCCGACCCGGCCGACGGUGCGAACAAGCCCAAGGACUCGUUUCGCUGCGCGUACUGCGACAUCGCGUUCGAGCACUGCAUCAUGUACACGGUUCACAUGGGCUACCACGGAUACCACGAUCCCUUCACGUGCAACAUGUGCGGGCAGCGGAGCGAAGACAAGCUGGCCUUCUUCUUGCACAUCGCGCGCGCUGCGCAUCUGUGAGACUCCUUCCGCGAGCGCUGUAGGUGGCGCGAGACCGUGGACCAUACGGUCACCGUGGAUAAUGCCGCAUUGUAUAUUCGCAGAGAGAUACCACACGUCUCAGGGACCGUAUUAUUGUCGACAGUAAGGGCGCAUGUAAGGCGCAGAUUAUGGACAGCCUGUUGUACAAACGAAGAGAGAGAGAGAGAGCGGCGAGAGAGAGAGACAGAGAGAGAGCAGAUUUAUUGAUAGGAAAGGUGCAGAGGAUGGCCGGUGAAGUUUGUGUCUGGCCUGCUACUCCAACACUGGGAUAAAGUGUUUGCAAGAGGAAGCUUUAGUUCGGAGCCAACUGCGAUACCGCCUAUAUAGGGUGUGUGCAUUCUUUCGCUGCACCAAAUUUUCGAAAUUGCCAGUGGCAGAUGGCACAGUUCUAACCAUUGAGCUAAAUUGCUCGACGCGGGGGCCAUUCGUUUUUCGAGGAAUCAAAAUGCGAAUUCGAAUAAUAAUUUACUAUUUAAUCACGUUACGGCACAUAUUUCAAACUACGAAAUGUAGCUACUAGGUUUCCAAGACCAACAGACACACAUAGUGUGUGUAUACAUAUAUAUAUCGUCAUGCAGCCUCGGUCAGACAAUGCCAAACUCUUGCAUGCAAUGCGUCCGCUGCUGGCAAGACGAGCGUGUAGAUGUACAUAUUUGCAGACCUAUAGGAGUGGGCUGCACCGAUCUCGUUCGUUGUCAUCCUGGGCCCUUUUAAAUCGAAGGGGAACCACUUGCCGCUGUGACUAGGUGGCCGUGACGUUGCGCUACUGAGCGCUAUUAUAUAUGUCGCAGGCGCGAUCCCCGUCUGCGAUGGCCUCAUUCCGACAUGGGCGGAAAAUGGCGCAAACGCUCGCGUAUACCGCACCCUGGGUACACGUUAAGGGAGUGCUGACGUGGAAUUGUCAUCCUGUUUUUGAUGUCUAGAACCUUUCGUUUGACGCAAGAAAAAAAGAGAAAAAAGGUAGUCAAAUAAGUAAAACCUCCUUAUAGGGAAACGGGCUAUAACGAAGUAUAGGUGAAAUUCCCCUUGAAAUACUCGUAGAGAUUCACAGUGCAGUACAUGUAAUAACGAAUAUAACGAAGUAAUGGGUAUAACGAAGUGAUUCUGGCGCUCCCUUGCAACUUCGUUAAGAAAGACGAGAUUUUACGCUUGUCGUGUCUUGUCACUCCCAAGCGGUCAAACUUAAUCCGGGGCCCUCGGCUCGACACUCCCCCCCCCCCCCCCCCCAGCCCACUGUGCAUAACCAGACUGUGCACUUUCGGUACGUUAAACCCAAUAAUUGAAGUGAUAAUGCACGGGGGCCGUAUUUCGUAAUUAUUAUUAUUUUGUUUAUGUUAUUUUAUUUCUCUAUUCGUAACUGCCACGCACAAAGCGAUGCCUUGGCCGUUAACGCCGGAAUCGGCCUCUGUGCGGCGCUAGUGAAAUGCGGCCUCUGUAUGCCGUUGGCUGAGCGCUUCACACGUAUAGCCAAGUCUUACAUAAGCCUUCGCGUACGCGGUUGUAACUGGACCGUUUCGCGAAGCACACUCUGCACUGACCGGCGAU